AUGUCCGGUACGUACUGCAGAAGGGUGACUUCGUUGCGCGACACCACCCAUAUCGAAGGACCGUGAUGGUCGUCAGGCCGGCUCUGCGAGUCAUCCUGACCCGUCAGCCCUCUUCGCAGACAAGAAGGCCUUUCCCGGCCGCUGCGUCCCGCACCUUUCACCGCACCGCUGUCGUGACAGCAGCAACAUGCAGUACAAAUAUGCCCCACUUCGGCGCUUCCUUUGUUCCAGACAUGACUGACAGGUGACACAUAGCCGACGCUUACCACAACUGCCUCGAGCAGAACAAGAAAUGGGCGCUUGACAUCCAAAAGAAUGAUCCCGAGUUCCUGAACCAAUGUGCCAAAGGACAGGCCCCUCCGAUUCUUUGGCUGGGAUGCGCGGACUCGCGAGUCCCAGAGACCACCAUUCUGGGCUGCAAGCCUGGUGAUGUCUUCACCCACCGCAACAUCGCCAACAUCGUCAACCCGACCGAUAUCAGCCUCCUGUCCAUCGUGCAGUUCUCUGUCUUCCACCUCAAGGUCAAGCACAUCGUCGUGUGCGGCCAUACCUCCUGCGGCGGUGUAGCUGGCGCAUUGGCCAAUUCGAAGCUCGAUAUCCUCGACAUCUGGCUGCAGCCAUUGCGAGCGCAGAGGGAGAAGUACGCAGACGAGUUGGAGAAUAUGGAUGCCGGAGAGAGGGGCACUUUCCUCGCGAAGAAGAAUGUCCAGGCUGGUGUUGAGGUGUUGAAGAGGAUUCCUACCGUCAUCGAUGCUCAGCGCGAGAGGGGUGUGACCGUGCAUGGAGUCAUCUACCACUUGGACAGCGGACUUUUGGAAGAGGUGGAGACGCCAGAGGAGGAGAAGGCCGCGAACUACCGUGUCACUUGCUUUGAGAGGAAGUGA